AUGUCGUGGAGGGAUCCCGCGGUGCGGGCGACGGGGAGGUUCAACUCCCGGCCGCAGCCUGUGCCGCCGGCCACGCCGCACCCCCCGCCGGUGGUGGUUAUCGACGAGGAUGAGGACGACGUUGCUGCGGAAUCUGAGGUUUUCAUUAUUGAUGAUGAUGAUGAUGUGGAGAUAGCCCGUGUGACGGCUGCGUGCAGUAGCAAGAAAGGGAACAGCUCUUGUAGCAAUGUGAUCAACAUAGAUGAUGAUGAUGACGAGGAGGAGGAAGAGGAGGGUGGUCGGGCUGGCCCCAGCAUGGCAGGCGCCGGCUCUCCAGCGGCGACAACUACCCCUGUGCGUGCUUCUCCUAGAAACAGAUAUGGGCUGGAUUAUGUUUCUGACAGUGAGGACAGUGAUCUCUCUGAAGGACCGGACUCAGACUCAGACGGCGAUGGCAGCUCGGAUUGUGAGAUUCUGGGUGACACUGGGACUGCUCGUAAGGUUUGGGAGAAGGCUGCUUCAAGAAGAACAACGCUUCAUCAUCCCCCGCAUCAAAAAGAUGGCAGGGCUAGUACUUCUGCAUCGAGUGCCGAGUCAAGUACACACUAUGAUGAACCUCCAGAGAACCUCUUCUCUCCAGUGUGCCCUCUAGAUAAUGACAUCUUGAAAUAUUUUAGUGGUGCAUUUAACCCAGCUGGGCAAAGUAGUAGAAAUGGUGCAAAACAUGGCACUGGCCCUUCUUCAGUGCCUAAUGCCCAGGAAGGUCCGAUUGACAAUGAUUCCCAUGGAAAAGAAACUGAAGACCACAAUCCCGCUCGCAGUUCAGAUCCUGAUAUGCGUUACAAUGGCCCUGUUCCUGAAAAAGCCCCAGAAAGAAGUCACCAUCCUCACCUAGAUGAAACCAUGAAACCCGAAGGGCACACACGCUAUAACUUUGUCUCUGCAAAUAGGGUUUUUCCUGCAUACUCAGCUGAUUGUAAAGAUGAUAGUCCUAUAUUUGUCAGCACUCCUGAAAGGAUGGAUGAAAAAAUACCUGAAGGCACAUCUUUGGCAAAGGAUGGACGGACUGCCCACAAUGAAGCUGCCAAACAGAAGAAAAAGAUGUGCUUUGCACCAGAUGAUGAUUCUUGUGUGGAUCAACUCAGAGAAGAUCCAGUUUUUACUAGCAGGCUUGGUGGCUUGAGACAAUCUGGAGAAUACUUUAAUGAUAAUGCUCCCACAAAUGAAGCAUCGGGGACUUGCUCCUUGCCUCAGAAGGAUUUGGUUGAAGAUCCUGAAAAGUUAGGACAAUCUUCUAUGAUAAUUGGCGGCCGUGAAAAGCACAAAGAAUCUGAUGAGUACAAAAGGGCACAAGAGGAGGAGUGGGCAUGCAGACAGCGUCAGUUAGCAAUACAGGCUGAAGAGGCAAAAGAGGCAAAGAGGCUACGGAAGAGAAAAAAGGCUGAAGCUUUGCGACUGCUCGACAUGGAGAAGAGACAAAAGCAAAGACUGGAAGAAGUCCGUGAAACACAAAGAAAGAGUGAAGAAACUAUACAGCUGAAGGAGCAGUGUCGAGGGGCGGUAAGAUUGGAGCUUGAAAUUAUUGAAAGGAGAUACACUGAUAUGACUUCAAUAUUGCGUGCAUUGGGCAUUCCUGUUGAAGGGGGCGAGGUUAAAGCUGCCUAUAAGCAAGCCCUCCUGAAGUUCCAUCCGGACAGAGUAUCGAGAAACGAUAUUUAUGAGCAGGUCAAAGCAGAGGAGACGUUCAAGUUCAUCUCGCGCUUUAAGGAGAAGCUGAGGAUAUAG